ACGACGCCGUCUUCUCCUGAUAUCGUUCGAGAAAAGCGAAGGAAUACCCGAAACAAACACUUCGGAAAGAAUUAACUUCAUCAGCAACAAAUCUAACUUCGGUAGCCCUCGUGGGUUCGAGUGGGGGAUUUGCAACAGGUGGACGUCGUCUUUGUUCGCCGUCGAAGAAGUAAAAACAACAACCGCCCAACGAAAUGGCCAACUCGGGUCUGCAGAUGUUGGGGUUCGCCCUCAGCCUUGUCGGCUUAAUUGGAUUGAUAGUUGGCACAAUUUUGCCCCAGUGGAAGAUGUCCGCUUACGUCGGGGACAACAUCAUCACGGCCAUAGCCAUGUACGAGGGGCUGUGGAUGUCCUGCGCGUUCCAGAGCACAGGCCAGAUCCAGUGCAAGGUGUACGACUCCAUCCUGCAGCUCAACAGUGCCCUCCAGGCGACCCGCGCCCUCAUGAUCGUGAGUAUCAUCGUAAUUGUAGUUGGCUUGGGCGCAGCCUGCAUGGGAAUGAAGUGCACCAACUGUGGAGGAGAUGACAAGACACGCAAAUCCCGCAUUGCCAUGGCUGCUGGAAUCAUCAUCCUGAUUGGAUCUUUGUGUGCCAUUAUCGCCUGCUCUUGGUAUGCGAACGACAUCAUCAAAGCCUUCUACAACCCUUUCACCCCCGUCAAUACCAAGUACGAGUUUGGUUCUGCCAUCUUCAUUGCCUGGGCUGGAUCAUUCCUGGCUAUAGUGGGAGGCUGCAUGCUGGCAGCGUCCUGCCCGAGAGGCAGCCCCAAGUCCACACCAAAGUAUCCCAUCUCCAGACCUCCCAGCAGCAAAGAAUACGUUUGAGCAGUUGGGCUGUAGGAACACUGACAUUCAUGUUAGUCAAACUGCAGAGCCCAUUCUAUGAAAGAUGUGUCCCAGGAGGCGACUAGUUUUAUUAUUUUUUUUCAAUCUGUUUAAUAUUUUUGUUCAGGAAUUCCCUGUGUUACUGAGAAAUUAUUUUUAAAGCAUUAAAGUUUUUAAAAAUGAUUGUUAAUGGAAAAUUUAAUUCGCCUCUCCCUAAUAGUUAGUGCUUAUUGAUUUGUAUGUUGUAUAAUAUCCACUUGGUUGACAUCUUUUUACUCUAAGGCAAAACGAGUGUGAUAUUGCACAACUUGGCAUGGAGAAAAUGGAUUUCAUAUGCUACAAUGUACAGUUCAUUAGAAUGUCUUGAGUGGUUUGACUGGAUGUCUGUAGUGAUAGUGAACUCUACCAUUUAUGUGUAGGCCAAAACCAGCAAUCUGCUGACAUGAUUCAAAUUUGUUGUACUUUUUAUUUAAGUGAACUAAAACGCUCAAUGCUGCUGUAAUCAUUUGCAUUUAAAAAAGUGCUAGAGUAAAAUUCUAAUGAUAUAAAAUCCACACUGCUGAUCAUUUUAUUCAACUAGUUUCUGUCAUACAUAAAUCAUGACUGAUGGCUCUAUUUGGUACAACUUGUGCAAGCCUGGCUUAUUGUUAAUGGAUUUCUUGUCAUAAAAGCUGUGGCUUUACUUUUUUUUUAAUUGUGAUUUUGUAAUGUUUGUUGUAAAUAAAACUAAAAAAUCUA